AUGGGCAAGAUAACCUUCUACUGCAACAUCUGCGCAGGCCCACUCUCCGACUGGGAGCUCCGCAAGCGCUCGAUGUUGCAGCCCGGUGAGAUGGCGGACGUCUGUUUUGAUGACGAUUGUGAUUGUGACUACGAGGGCGGGGCAGCAAAUGAUGAAGGUGAUGGAAGUGAUGAAGAUGACGACAUUGUCGACGGAGACCGAGCGCAGAAUAGUCAAGAAGAAGGAGAAGAUGACCCAAUGGUAGAGCCAAACAGCGAAGAAGAUCUCGCUCGACACGACUCGUACUGUAACUACAGGAGGGGUUAUUGGGGGGAUAUUUUGGCGGAGGGGGAUGUUGAGUGGCUUUCCGAAGCUUGCAUGCUGCGUAUGAGAGGAUUCGACGAUGAGAGUGGGGAGGAGGAUGGAGAUGCGCCGUCACGGUAUCCUUCGGGUGUCAAUCCAGGCGACUGUUAUAUAACGCAUUGUGGCAGCUACGAUGCCUAUGAAGGCCUUUCAAUCUCCAGGACAGGCGAAGACUACUACCCCAACCAGGAUGGGUUCAUGCUUCACUCGAAAUGCUGGAAUAUGCUGCAUUUCGUGUUUUCAAUUACACGGCCGGAGGAUGGGCGGCUGGACCAUCAGCGCUUGUACCGGACUAUGCUGGGUAAGCUCGCAGACCAAAACGAUAUCUACAUCGACUGGGACGACGAGAGGUUGUAUGGUGGAACUGAGGAGUUUGCGGAGCAGGAGUGGGUUCCUGUUCCAGGGUACGAGUGGCUAGUUGCAGACCCGCAUAAGGACGGUGGUUUUUCUGAGCUUGUCCGUGAAUCCACGAAACAGGAACCUGACGUGGAACCGGGAUCUCUAUGCUUAGGCGGACACACUCCUAUCGCUGUCUCAGAUGAUCCAUUCGCGAGGCUCCCUAUAGAAGUGCACCACAUGAUACUGGAGCUGCUCCCCGCGAAGUCCGUUCUAAACUCAUUCCUCAGCAGCCGCGUUCUAUGUGCGUCUUCUGCCGGCUUACCACAAUCGUUCUGGAAAUCCCGAAUCUUCACUGAUAUACCGUGGGCGGUACGGCCAUCACUGCUUACGAGCAUAUCACAGGAAACCGGAAGAGUCGACUACCAAAAUUUGUUAAAACUAUUGAAGAAGGCUGGUGCUGCACCUCCAAAUGGCCGCAAUGCUCGAUACGAAACCUGGUUAUCGUUGAAGAAUCGCCGCCGGAUAUGGACGUGCUGUGAAGGCAUCCUCGAGGCCAUGGAUCUAGGGAGAAAGGAAUCGGGAUAUGUGUCACGCGAGCUUGAAGCGUUGACCAGCUCUCGAAUUGCACGUAUCCGUCAGCCUGAACUGAGAGAAAUGGGGAAGCUGGUCAAUAGAGAGACCUACUUUCGCCCGACGACUCUGGACCAGCCUCCUCUCCGCAGCCUCACGGUUUAUUUUUCGGAGCAGAUGUCAGUUGUUGGGAUUGAAUGGCAGCUGAAAGGCGAGACUGCUGGCCGACUAUUUGGGAAUAGGGGUGCCGGUAUGCAAAGCGUUGCGCUUCCCCAGGACCUUGUCAUCACUGGGAUCGUAUUAUCGCUGGGAUCGGCAUCCCGAUCAAAAGACAAACAUCGAGCAAUCCGUGGGUUGGUUCUCUUGUCUGCCGAUGAUGAUUAUCGAGCUUGCGUCAAACUGGGAAGAUGGGCGGAUGGGGAUAUCGUCCACGUCUUUCGUCCAGCAAAGACACAGCCGGAUGCGACAAUAGUAGGCAUCGCCGGGCAGUACAGCAACACCUCUAUUACGCAAUUUGGCAUCUUAACUGCCGACGUCAUUAACAGGACUCCCCCAACAGUCGCCCCUAUCGUCUCAAAUCUGGACAUAUACACCCGCUGGUACUCCAAUUACAUCCUUCUCCCGAAUAAAGACAUUCAACUCCGGAUCCGCCACGGCAUAUUAGGCUUCCACCUUCGGCACAUCUCCCCCUUUGACCCGCCUAUCCUCGAGAACCCAGCGCAAUACAUCGAUCUUCGAGACCGCCAAAUUGCAUCCAUACAGACAUUCUACCCGCUAGGCCAGAACAAAGAAUUCGGUGGGUUCCGAAUGGACUUUGCAGAUGGUAGUCACGAAGUCGUGAAUAAAGAGGAGGAGGACUUCGGAUUUCACUAUUUGAAAGAGGUUGCGACAUUCGACGUGGAGGCAAAAGAGGUGAUUACGAAGCUCAUUUGUUACUUCAACAGUAAUCGGAGCAGGACUACACCUAGUGUGCUUCAUGGUAUUGAGUUCAUAACGUCUAAGAAUCGAAAGCUGAGUCUCGGUUGGCUGGAUGCAUCCAGUGAGGACUAUAGGCGGGACUCGUAUGUACGGCGCGGUGAGAGGGUUGUCGGUCUUCAUUUCGGCAUUAAGUCACCUGUAAUUGAGAGUAUCGGGCUUGUUGUGUCGUCGUCUUAG